CUUGGGAUCUGUUGUGACGCAAGAUUGAUGCUAGCAGCCGAUUUGCUUCUCCACGAACGCCGGCGUGGUCCUUAAUAUCACACCACUGCACAAGUCUGUUGAGCAGCAUGGGAUCUUGGCCCAAGAUUUCAGCCGCAUCAGCUGAAGAGAAAAGCAUCAUCGGGAGACAUUUAAAAUCUUAGUCUUUGUCACUGAAAUGUGAAUGUAAAGGCAACAAAGGAUACUGAGCUCCAUCCUGUGGUCUGAGCUGUAACUAAAGCAUUGGACUUGUGUGACCUUGGAUAUCUUUGCCUGGGGAAUGCCAGUUGUUUCAGGGCACCAUUUGGAGGUAAAGAACAAAUUAAGCUGUUCCUAUAAAGCUAGCGUUUUCAUAGGCCCCUGAAGCAGGGAUUAAAAUGAGGAGUUUCAGAUCUUUGAAAGCAUAUGUUGUUAUGUUGCUAUAUUGGAAUCUUCACAUGAGGGCUGUCUCUUUCCCUUUGUUUCUUGUACUUGCUCUUUGAGCCCUGUAUGAAUGUAAUCAUGGGCUUUUUUGAGCCUGUUCUUGCCAUUUCGGUGCUCUCAGUAAUGGCGAUAAUUACUGUUGGUAGCAUGUGGGAAACCAGUCCUUGGUACAGAAUUGCAGCAUGUCUGUAAUUAUAUUCUCAAGUCAACAACGUGUUGAACUAUAUAUUAAACACCAUUAAAAUUUUCCUCAAGUUCGAAGGAACGCGUUAAUUUACUUUGCACUGUGCUUCAGGAACAGUAUCUCAGGAUUUGCCCAAAGUAUUAAUCUAUAUGGUUGACUCAGAGAAAACAAACAAAACCCCUCACUAAAUAACUUUUUGUAAGUGAAACUCCAAAGUGAUGCUGUAACUUAAGAUUUGUGCCACUACAGGAAACUAAUCCCCAAACUCUUCAAGUUCAGUAGCAAAAGAAACUACUUGCGUGGAAGAUGCAGUCUUGGUAUUGCUCUGGUCUAACGUGGGAUUCUGUACAAGUCUUGCUGUACUUUAAUAAUGCACCUUUAAAGUGUUAUGGCUCAAAAGUGACUAGGUGGCAGAAAAUGAUUUCCAGAGUAAAGGAAAAUGUAGAUUUGAAGGUGCUGAGAACUGUGAAAUAUACUUUUUAAAUCAGAUAAGCAGGGGGUGAGCUCAGAAAAUCCUGUUCAUUUGGAAGCAGAUUCAGAAAGGUGAAAGUGUUGGGAGAAGUCUCCAGGGUUUUCAGAAGCUGAGAAACUUGUUUCUUGGAGCUUUCCCGAGGCAAACAAGGCUUGAGGAAGAGUUAAAGUUAAUGCAUCUAGAACAAAAGAAAUAGGUUUGGCCAAUAAUGCUGUCACCCUGCUCUGGUUUCUUUACCUGUCCCUUUCUGUGUUUUUUUUUUUUUUUUUUUUUAACCUGUCCCUUUCUGUGUGUAUUGUAUUUGUUUUGGGAUAUUCUGGAAAGGGUUAAACAAGAGUGUGCAGGAGGUCAAUGUCAACAAACCACGUGACUACUCAGUGUAUUUUGCAGAAAUUGUAAGUCAAACUAUACUUUUUCUGUUUUUGGGAGAUGGACAAAGGAGGAUGGACACUUGGUUUCUGUCGAGUACCCAAUGGAACAAUCCACAGGUCAAAAUCCUGUAAUGAUGUGGGAGCUUCUAGCCUAAUUGAAUGUGUUUGUUCUGAGGGGGAAAAAAAGUCAAUUGCCCCUCAGAAUACAUGGCACUGGAAUUAAUGACUUGGACAGAGCUGCACGUAUCUCCAUUAAAUGAUCCAUCUUUACAAAGAAUCACGGUGAUGGAAAGCACGUGCAGUGGCUACGUGGGAAGGACGGUGAGGUCUGGGUCUGGGUUAUGGGAGAAGCCCCGGACGACAAGCCAUAUGAGCAGAUAUCAGAGGAGCUAAUAGCAGAACGAGCCAGGCAACAAGCACAGAAGGAGGCAGAGGAGCUAUGGAGACAAAAAGAAGCUGAAAUUACAAAGAAAUUCCGGGAUGCUAUGGCUCAAGAAAAAGCCAGAAUAGUGGCAGAAAAAUGGAAAAUAGAAAUAGAAGAUCGGAAAGCUGCCAAAUUGGAGGAGGAAAGAAUUCAGGAGGAGUUGAAGAAAAGAGAAGAAGAGGAAAGACAAAAGGGUGAAGAACAAAUAAGGCAGCAGGAGGAAAUCCGAGCAAAAGAGCUGUAUUUGAGCCUCAAGCAAGCUCAGCAGCACAGUCAACACAGUGAUGAUGACCAGGAGUGGGAAGAACAGUUGCGUCGCUCCAAAGCCGCAGAUGAGGAAAGGAGCCACAAAGCACGCAGGGCAAGGGAUGAAUACCGACGGCAAUCCUUGCGAGCCAUCCAGAAGGGAAGAGUGGCUGGUCUGAGUAAUUUGUUCCAGGGGACAAGCCUGAAUAAUGAACAGGAGACAAAACUGAACUGCAACAGUACAAGUCCUUUGCUGACUCUCUCUGCAGCAUCCAGUAACAUCUGGGAGCGCCCAUCUAGACCCUUUUCUCGAGAAGUCAUCAUUCGUUGGUUCAAAGAAGAGCAGGUACCUCGACGUGCUGGGUUUGAGAGGAACACCAACAGGAUUGCUCAAUGGUUUCAUGGUAUUAUCAGCCGCCAGGAGGCAGAAGAGUUGUUGAUGAAUAAAUCUGAAGGAACAUUCCUGGUGCGAGUCAGUGAGAAAAUCUGGGGCUAUGCGUUGUCUUAUCGCCAGCAAAGUGGGUUCAAACACUUCUUGGUUGAUGCUUCGGGGGAUUUCUACAGCUUCUUGGGGGUAGAUCCAAACCGACAUGCAACACUGACAGAUCUUAUUGAUUUUCACAAGGAGGAAAUCAUCACAUCCUCAGGUAGGGAGCUACUACUGGAACCAUGUGGACAGCAGAAGAAUCCACCAGACUACAGCCCUUUAUUCGAGUAACCAGAACUAACAGUAAUGUGUUCUGGAUAGCUACAGUAAUAGAUAGCUACAAAAGUAAACACUAAAAAGUAAUUAACAAACUUUCAAAGCCACUAGUCUUGUGGCCAAAAUAAAUAUCCUCAUUAGAAGACCCAAAAUAUUUCUGUUUCACAUCUGAAUUAUCAUUAUUAUUCAUAUUGCUAAUAUUCUGAAGAUGAGAACUUACUGUCAGAUUGCAAAUGAAGACUGUUACCAGAAAUUUUUAAGAGGUUGUGGCCAAUUGCACUGAAAGCUAAGUUCCUAUCUUAAUUUUCUUAAUGUUUAAGAUUGAAAAAUAAAAUCAUAUAUUUGUAACAGCUAGGAGUAUGGAUGGGAAUUAUUCAUCAAGUAUUGUAUAGAGUACCAAUAUUGUUGAACGGGUUCUUUUUUCCAAAGCAAGGUUUAUCAGUUUCUAUUGACAAUCUCAUCACUCAGUGAUUCACUUUUGAUAACAAGAGAUGCAGUCUUAAAAUGUCCUUUUACAGUUUGUCAUUGCUAAAAUGUUUAGGUAUAGCUGGAAACUUGCCAUCAUGCUUUUGAAUAUAGACCGACAAAGUUAACCACAGCAGACAGUCAGAACAAGGUCAUUCACAUUUUAUUUACGAUUUCAUGCAGUCCAGCUGCCGUGGAAGGAAUUUGACUUCUGUACAGAAAGUGGUUAGUUUCUUCUAAAUUAGUUAUUCUAGUAACCACAACUCACACUGAUCUUGUCAUAUUUUGUGUAGUGAUGUGCAACACGCUGGAGAUUGCUAGCUUUAUUUUGCUAUAGUACCAGAUACCUUCCUUAGCUGAGCUAUAAAUGGUUACUCUAACACCUCAUAAUAAAGCAAAUCAAGAAGUGCAGCAAAUAAGCAAUGCUUAUUAGCUGGAACAGUUGAUCUUAGUUUACAUUUCUCAGAUGAGAAGACAGCUGGGCUUCUUGCAACAAGUAGUUUUACAGUGCUAGAACAUUCUAUAGCUACAGCUAAUAUCUUGAGUAACAAAUUGACUUGGAAGCUAGAUAAAGGGGCAAGAUACCCAAGUUGUUUUGGAAUUUUGUUAAAGUGUGGUCCUCUGCAGGUCAGCAGGGGUGGAUACCCAAAAUGGAAUACAGCUUUGCAGUUCUGAAUGUAGAUGUAAUUCCUCUAUUAGGAUCUACAAUCUCUGUUAAAUGAGAAGCCUGGUAUGUCUGAUCUGGGUCUACAAUACACCUGGUAAAGGUAUAUACAGACAUGAAUCCAGCUGGUGGAGCUCAGCACAGGGUAAUUCACUGUGCUUUUCAAAUAUGGACCAUAUAGAAACCAUCACAGAAAGUUGCGUGUUUUUUUUCAUUCAGUAAGUGCCCCUCCAAAGGGCCCCAUAUCUAUACUAUCUGCUUUCUCAAAAAACUAGCUCUCAUUUUGCACCUUUUAUAUAGGCAUCUCAAGAAUCCCCCCCAUCUUCAGGUUAUUUACAGCUGCACAUGUUCCAUUACAGAAGAACUGUACCCCUACUUUACAGGAGGAGGGAAAGGGACAUUUUAAAGUUAAGAAGUGUAAAUAUACAAAGACUCUGAGGCUAGAGAGCAGCGGUUGACUGUAGGACUGAUAGCCCAAAGAGAGUACUGAAUAAUUAAGACGAUAUUUAGACAUCUAAACAUCUUUGCAGAGUGGUAUUUUGCCUUAAAGAACUGUUUGUUUGUUUGCUUAUUUGUUGUUUUUUUAAAGGCAUAAAAUGACUUCUCUUAGGAGAAGUUGCUAAGCAUGCUGGAAAACAUAUAUGCAAUUUCCAGAGUUUUUCUGAAGAUUACUCAAGCCAUUGUACACAAUUUUGGGAAUGUUUAAAUAUAGAAAAUUGAAGAACUUGUUCAAUAAGGAAUUCACAUUUGUAGAGAUUGUUAAUAUUACCACUAUUUAUAUUUCUUUCUAGUUACACAAUUCUCAACAACUUCCUGCAUUUCGUUUAGUGGAUAAGAAGGCUUGGAAAUAUGGCUCUGUAUAUUACAUGUCCUAUUGUGAUGUAAUUAACAACCUAACGGCAGUUUCAUUUUCAUUUCAGACUACAUUUCUUACUUCUAAUUUUGUAAAUUCCUCUGCCUAUUCCAUCUAUUUCUUAUGCUGGGUUUUACCUGGCUUUAAAAUAAAUUCCAUGUAAGUUCCUCUGCAAAUGAAAUUACUGUCUGGAAAACUGCAAUUUCAUCUGAGAGUUUUAUUAUGCUAAUAAAUGUCAGAAUUCUCA